CUUUCCCCAGGCCCCCAAACAUUUCUCUUGAGUUUUAGAAAGGGGAAUUUUCUGGCACAGCAGAAGCUUAAUAAAAGAUUUAUUGAGUGACCCCUGAAAAUAGAGGGCUGGGGCGCGGGAGGGGAUGUCGGGAGGAAGGGUGCGUCUGGCCCAUCCCUCUCUGGAGUGGAAGGAUUGGGAUUCUGAGGGUUAUCAUAACUGGGCUGUGACGGACAAGUCUCAUACAGACACAUCGCACAUGUAACAGGAGAAGCUGGGCAGAGGCCCGGUCGCUGAGAUCCCCUCCAGCUCUGCACCUGACCUAGAUCUCUGGCCGCAAUGAGCUUGGCGGGUAAAAGCACUGUAUACAUGCACGCUAGGACUAGGGCUGUCUAGGGGCGGAGCAUCCUGUGACGUCACUCUGCCGAACUGAGCGCUAAGACCUGGCCACGGAGUUUCCAGAAGCACCAGAAAUUUCUGCGGAUGAAUUGGGUUAUUUAGCUAAUAUUUUACUUCUCUGUGUCUGGCUUUUCCUCUCCCAUCCAGCUCCCAACAGAAGAAGCGCCUUGAACGUAGACACCAUCUCGGUUAGCGCGAAGUACUUCCUCUGUCUAGUCCCUGCAGCAAGGUCUCUUUAAGGUUCGGCGACAUAAACUCGCUUAUGCGCCUGCGCGGCAGCCGCAAGACUACAUUUCCCAAAAGAUAGGAGAGGCAUCUCGGCUUCCGCCGGAAGCAGAAGCGCCACGCUAUCUCUGAGCAGGCGCAGUUAGGGAAGUGUCUGUUUUCAAUCUUUUCCACUGAGAAGGAAGUUGGGGCCGUUUCGUCUCCAGGGAGACAAGACUUGGGAAAGGUCAGAAUCUCAAAGAAAACACUGAAGAAGGAUUGAUUUUGGAGGACCAUGGCCUUUAAAAGAAAGGAAUUAUUAACAUUCCAAGAUGUUGCUGUGGAAUUCACCCAAGAGGAAUGGAGCUAUUUGGAUCCUGAUCAGAAAGACAUGUACAGGGACGUGAUGCUGGAGAACUAUGAGAACUUUGUCUCUCUUGGGCUUUCAGUAACUAAACCAAAUGUGAUUUCUUGGCUGGAGAGACCUGAAGUCUUCAGGCUAUCAAGGGAAGAAGCCCCCAGAUGCUCUUCUGAGGAUUCCCCUGUUGAAAAAAGAGAAUGUGAAACCAAGGAGUCAACUCUAAAACAGUAUAUUACCACUGGAGAGACAUCCAGACAAGGACUCAUAAAGGAUGAUUUCUACAAAUCUAAAUUGGGAGCAGCUUGGAAUCAUGAUACUGAAUUAGAAAAACAGACAAACAAUCUAGAAAGACAGUCCAUGAAGGUAAUAGUUAAGCACAACAAAACUUCAUGUAGCAGAAUUUCCAUAUUGAAGAACCUUUGUAAGUUUAAUAAAUACAGGAAGGUUUUCAGUCACCAGUCCAAACUGAAUCAUUACCAUAGAUCAUGA